ACAUUUAGAAAAACUGUAAACAUGUCUGGGUGUGUGAUUGUGUGUGUUUUAUUCGCUAUUCUUGCUUCGAGUUCAGUCACCGCGGAAAAUGGAAAUACCACUUUGGUUUUUGAUGUCUUUGAAAAUAUCACAGAAAAAGUUCCAUCCUUAAAACUAAUUCAUUUUGGUAGAAAGAGCUACUAUAUCGGCGACAUUUUUAAGGGAAAUUUCUAUCACGCUGAGCAAUUUUGUAGAUAUCAUGGAAUGAACUUGGUAAAUAUAGAAUCAAAGACGGAGAUGCAUUUUCUUGAGGACGCGAUUUUAGAGAAAGGUGACUCUGCUUUACAUUAUUGGAUGUCUGGUACUCGUCUGCCUGACCAAGAACGAUGGAUAUCAUUUACUAGCGCUAGGGGCAUGUCUUAUUUUAACUGGAGCCCUGGUGAACCAAACAACGCCUUCAAGAAUGAAUACUGUAUUGAAAUGAGAUUUGUAGACAAAGAGUUAAAAUGGAAUGACGUAGGGUGUACUAAUGAAUUUAACUUUAUUUGCGAAGCUACGUGGACCCACGAUUGUCAAAAACUCUAUGACUAUUUGAUAAAGCAUGACAUGGAUCUUAAAAAUAUUACCGAUAUCAUAGAUACAAAGUAAUUUUUUAAACUCAAUAUUAUUAGUUUACAAAAAAAUAGAAUUUUAUGUUUAUAUUUAAUUACUGUAAUGAUAAAACUCAAAUCGGUAUAUUAUUUUAUGUUAAAACAUUAAGCAUGAAUUAACUUGGUACUACAUUAACCUAGACCUAAAUCUAAGACCGGCUAUAGGUAAUGAAAGCUUCUGUCAUCUAAGUUCUUGGUUAGUUUGUUUCAUAUUUUGCAUUCGAUCACUUAUUUUCUUCAGCAUGCUUUUCCUAAUCCAUCUAUACACCUCUGGACUGUAUUUCUUCUCUUCUUCAGAUGCAAAUCCACUAAUGGAUGUUAGCGAUCACAUUUUCCAUUAAUUCUCUAUUUCUUGCAAUAUGUAUCAGAGAUUGUAUGUCGUUAAUCCCUGUCCAUUGCGUUAUGUUUCGGAGUCAGGACAUUUUCUUGCGUCCCAUUCCUCUCUUGCCUUCAAUUUUACCCUCGAUUAUAAGUUGGAGGAAGUGGUAUUUUUCAUUUCGCAUGAUGUGACCUAGAUACGCCGUUUUCCUUUUCUUGAUGGUUUCGAAAAGUUGGCGUUCUUGGUUUAUUCUUUUAAGGACAUCUAUAUUUGUAAUUUUCGCUGUCCAUGGUAUUUUUAGGAUACGGCGAUAAAGCCACAUUUCGAAAGCUUCUAAUCUGUUUAUAUCCCUCGUUUUGAGUGUCCAGCCCUCUACGCCAUAUAGCAGCACUGACCAUACGUAGCACUUAGUAAACCUUAGUCUCAGUUGAAGAUCGAACUCUGAACAAGUCAGUACCUUCUUGAAUUUUACGUAAGCUUAUCGAGCUUGCUCAAUGCGACAUUUUACUUCCCUGUCCGAUGCCCAGUCUUCAAAAAGCCACGAUCCCAGGCAUUUAAAUUUGCUCACUCUUUCAAUGAACUUAGUAUUCAGUGUUAUGGUGGAGUUUUCAAGUGCAUCCAAGUUUCUGGAGAUGAUCAUGAAUUUGGUCUUUUUGGUAUUAAUCUCUAAUCCCAUUCGCUUACUGUAUUCUCCGAUUAUAGUGACAAGUUGUUGAAGAUCGACUAUGUUGUCACAAAUUAAGACACCAUCAUCAGCAUAUCGUAUGUUGUUGAUCAAUACUCCAUUCACCUUGAUUCCCAUCUCUGCAUCCUCCAAAGACUCUUGAAAUAUGGCUUCCGAAUAAAUGUUAAAUAAAAGAGGGGAAAGCACACAUCCCUGUCGAACGCCUCUUCUUAUAUGUAUGGGUUUGGAUAUAGAAUUGUUCAUUUUUAACUGUGCCGUUUGAUGCCAGUACAAGUUUUCAAUGCAUCUUAUGUCUUUUUGGUCUAUAUCAACUUUCUUGAGAAUCUGCAUUAACUUUUGAUGUUGGAUACGAUCAAACGCUUUUUGGUAAUCUAAAAAGCAUAGGAACACAUACUUCCUCUGAUCGUAACAAUUUUGGACCAGCACCUGUGUUUCUACUAUUACUUCUCGUGUUCCUAAACCUUGCCUAAACCCGAACUGGGAAUCACUGAUGUCCCAUUCACAUUUUUUGUAUAAUCUUUGAUGUAGUAUUUUUAAGAAUAUCUUUAAAGUGUGACUCAUCAGGCUAAUGAGUCUGUGAUCCUCACAUCUUCUUGCAUUGACUGUCUUGGGCAGGGGAAUAAAGGUAGAGCGUAACCACUGUUGAGGAUAGCAGCCAGUUUCAUAAAUUAAAUUAAAUAUUUUGUGUAGUGCUGAAAUUCCCCUUUCAUCUAGUAAUUUGAGUAUUUCUGACGGGAUCUCAUCUGGUCCAGGUGCCUUAUUGUUUUUGGAAUUUAAUAUGGCCUUUUCUAUCUCCUCUUUGGUGAUUGAAGGGCCAGUCAGCUGGUCAUCUGUAUAAACUUCACUCAUGGGUCUUUCGUCAUGGAAGAGCUCCUGGAUAUAAUUUUGCCAUAUAUCAAUUUUCUCCUUUUCACUCAGCACUAUCUGGUUAUCCUGAUUAACUAUGGUAGUUGGUCUUCGUUUUCUGUAUAUUCCAGCAGUCUCCUUAAGCUUUUUAUGUAAAUUACGGUCGUCGUGCUGUCGUUGUAAAUGUUCUAGAUCGAUACAUUGUUGCUUAAGCCAUUCAUUUUUUGCUAUUCUUAUUUUUGCUUUUAUUUGCCUGUUAAUGUUUUCAUACAUAUUGCUGCCAUCUUAGUCAUUCUUGUGUCUUCGUCGUUCUUCCAUUAGUAAUAGUAUUUCUUCUGUCAUCCAUUUUUGCCUCUUGUUAUUUCGUUUGUACCCUAAGUUGUUUUUCAUGAUGUCUGUUACAGCACUUGUAAUCGUAUUCCAUGUUGGUGUUAGAUCUUCGGUAAUGUUUGUCGUCAAUAUUUGAAUUUGUGCGUUUAUUUCAUUGCUUAUUUCUGCUUGUAUCAUUGGGUCUUUCAGUUUAUCCAGUACCAGCUGUUGUUGAAUUUUAGGCUUGUUCUUGCACGAAAGAGCGAUCUUUAUGACGGCCACUGAUAGUACGUGGUCAGAAUGUGUAUUUACCUGUCUUUUUAUUCGCCAGUCUGUUCUCUUUGUCCUUCUUUCUCAUCAUCAUCAUCAUUCUGGCUUUACAACACUGCAUGGGUCGCCUGCUCAAGAAUUUCUUUCCAAUCGUCACCAUCCAUCGCCCAGGGACUUCUGUGUUUAUAAGCUCUGCAAUGAUAUUAUGAUAUCGUGGCUACCUUUUUUAUAUAGUUCAACUGGGAGAUUAUCUAUUCAGGGUGAUUUGUUUCUGGCUAGUUUUUUAACUGCAUCUUUAACUUCAAGAAUCAUUGGUGGUCCCUCUUCCCUCUCGUCUGUUCCCCUUACCUCAUCUCUUUCGUCUUCCAGGUUUUCUGCGCCAGUUCUUUCUGUUUGGCUUCUCUGAUAUUCUCUGUAUUUCUAUUAUUGUAAUAUUUUAUACACACAGUUAUUGCUUUUAUUUUUCCUUCUUUCUUCCAUCAGCUGCAGAAUCUUUGUCGCAAUCCAUGUCUUAUUCUUAUCUUCUUCGUUUUUCAUAAAAUUGUCUUUAAUGUCGUCUAUCGUUUUAUUAAGAGAUUCUGUCUUCUCUUCUGUGCUUUUCGUUAUAUUUUUGAUUUCUUUAAAUUUUAUAUUUAUUAUUUUGCUUAAUGUUUCUUUUACUUUACUACAUUUUAGUUUUCUCAUGUCAUGUUUUUUUACAGUUUUUGUAAUAAAGUAAUGCAUAUUUUUUAGGUUAAAUAAUAACCAAUAUCAGACGGAAAAUACUUCUGUUAAAGCACAAUAAAUGAAUGGAAUGUAAAAUUUGAGAUGGUGACGAAAGCCAACUGGAGAAGACAAUAAUUUUAUUAUGUACAGUAUUUAAGUUCUAGAAGACUAAAUAAACACCUCGAUAUUUUAUU